AUGGCCCGGCGCCGCUCGGGACCCCGCUGCUGCCACCAGGAAGUGGAACUGCGCAAGAGGCUAGUUCGGCUACCCGGAAGUCUGCUCUGGCUGAAUAGAGCUGAAGUUGUGUUUUCUGUGGACUGCACCAAGCUGAAGGACUAUUUUUUACCAGGAAAAAGAGAAUUUGACUGUAUUUAUUUCAACUUCCCUCACUGUGGGAGAAAGUCUGGGGUGGUGAAGAAUAGAGAGCUUCUUGCCCACUUUUUCCAUAGUUCCGUGGAAGUGCUGACAGAGGAGGGAGAAGUCCAUGUGGCUCUUUGCAAUGGACAGGGUGGGACACCUGCUGAUCAACCAAGGAGAGAAUGGCACAACAGCUGGCAAAUAGUGGCUGUGGCAGCAGGAGCUGGAUUUAUCUUGAGUAAUGUUCAUCCUUUUAAAGCAGAGACUAUCCCUGGAUAUAAGUGUACAGGCUACAGGAGCCAAGAUAAAUCUUUCUGUGUAGAGGGUGCUUUAAACCACAUUUUCACACGAAGCACACCACUUCCAUGUUUCAAACCUAUGAUCUGUGAGAUAGAACUGGAAAAAGGAAAAGUUUCUUUUGAAGUACCACAAGUACUUGUGGAUAAAAUGAAUAGGGGUUUCCUAGAACUAAGUUCAAAUCAUCCAGUCCGGACAGUAAAGGACAAGCUCACUGCAGAGCUCAGCCAAGCCUUUCCGUUACAAAACAUUGACCACUGCCUGUCUCUGUUCCACCAAGGUCACAUCAAUGGUGUUUGUCACUCAAAUAUCUUUUGGAUCAUUCUGAGCCCAGAGGAGACUCCAAGCACUGAAGAAGUGUCUAAUGGGCUGGCAAAUGCAGUUUUAUUUUCCCAUGUUGAUUUUUGCAGGGACACAGAUAAGAAUAGGUGGGUGAAUGUACAAGAGGGAUGCCACAUUUCAAACCAAUAUUAUCUUACACCUUCUCUUCUACCUUAUGCUCAGGCAAUAAUAGAAAGAGGAGCUUUUGUCCCAGGGACACUUCAUGUUCUUUCUGGCCCAGUUUUCAGGAAGUGCCUUAUCACUCCUUACUCCAUGCCUGUGUUUCAUGAGAUGGUAUUUGUAUGUGCAGUUAGCAGGGGUACAGAGAGCAGCUGUAUGCAGAUGUUGGUGAAUAGUAUUAAAACCAGCAUACAUUCUCUUCACCAGACUCUUUCCAGCUUUAAACUGAAUAUCAGUCUGCAGGAAGCAACAAGCUUUGAAGCAACUGAGCUAAAUGACUUUGCUGCAUUUGAAUCUCAGCUUGGUAAAAUUCAGUACUUCAUCUAUAUGGAGAUAGAAACCUCAGGCUCCUGUGAGAAGGGCUCCUGUGUGGGAGUUAUAAGGACGGCUCGUUAUGAACUAGUAAGCAGUGAGUUGGCUGUUGUCUUCGCUUCGUUGAAUCUUGACCUCGUGGCCAUGCUGAUCUGUGGAAUAUCUGACUGGCGAAUGCUCUGGACAUCAGAUGCACGGUUCCUCCGUCAGUUUCCUAGGGGGGAGUUAAGGCUUUUCAAGAAUUUUUCUCUCUAUCCACCUUCCUACGUGCAUGAUGUCAGCUUUUGGGUUCCUGAUGGGGAACAAUUUGAUGAAGUUGCUUUUCACACCAUUGCUAGGCAGGUGUCGGGUGAAACGGUCGUAUGCAUCCGGUUAAUCGACAGUUUCCAGCAGUCAGAGAGCGGGCGGAAGAGCCUCUGCUACAGGCUGACCUUUCAGUGCUGUGACAAGGCCCUGAGCUGCCGGGAGGUGGCAGAGAUGCAGCUGCUCUUUCGGAAGGAAAUAACCCAACGCUUGCCUGUGACUCUGCGGUAG